GAACCCUAAACCCCAAAACCUCAUUUCACUUUCCGAGACCUCAGUAGCUCCACUGAUCCUCCCCGUGCCAAGCCAGUCCGCCACCGCUGCCUCAUCGUCGGCCGCCUCUGAUCGCCGGAAAACAAGACCGGCAUCGACGAAGUUACCUCCAGCUCAGGAAAGCGAACGACGUCCGUGCAGAGGUAGCAGGAUCAGAAAGAAUGGUAUCUCCAAAGCUGAUGGUAAGCAUCCUUGAGUCAGUGCUUCUGGGGCCUUCCCCUCCCACAGCAGCCCAGCGAGUGGAGCUCCUGCAUGCCAUUCGCACUUCUCUCCCUUCAUUCCAAUCCCUCCUUUCCUAUCCUCCACCAAAGGCAUCUGAUCGAAGUCAAGUGCAGUCUAAAUCAGUUAGGCUUCCCGAUUCUCCACCUAUCUCUCUUGAUGACCAUGAUGUCCACAUUGCACUGAAACUGAGUGAUGAUCUCCAUCUCAACGAAGUCGAUUGUGUUCGCUUGCUAGUAUCGGCUAAUCAAGAGUGGGGCUUAAUGGAACGAGAACCACUGGAAAUUUACAGACUUGCAGCAGGACUCUGGUAUACAGAGAGAAGAGAUCUGAUUACAUCCCUUCAUUUGCUUUUACGGGCUGCGGUGCUUGAUCAGGGACUUGAGGAUGAUAUAUUGGUUGACUUUCAAAAAUAUCUAGAAGAACUUAUCAAUUCUGGACUUAGACAGCGGUUGAUUUCUCUUAUCAAGGAGCUUAAUAGAGAAGAACCAUCUGGGUUGGGUGGUCCUCAGUGUGAGCGCUAUGUUCUUGAUUCGAGAGGUUCUCUUGUAGAGAGACGAGCAGUGGUUGCUAGAGAAAGACUUAUAUUGGGACAUUGUCUUGUCCUAUCAGUUCUGGUUUUGCGGACAAGUCCAAAGGAUGUAAAAGAAAUAUUUUCUGUUCUAAAAGAUAGUGCCGCUGAAGUCAGUGACAACAAUGCCACUGUAAAACAUCAGAUUACUUUCAGUCUCCUUUUUACUCUUGUGAUAUCAUUCAUAUCAGAUGGUUUGAAUACAGUGCCUGACAAAGCAUCGGUUCUGUCUUCUAAUGCCUCCUUUAGACGUGAAUUUCAUGAACUUGUGAUAGCUGCAGGAAAUGAUCCAAUUGUUGAUGGCUUUACUGGUGUCGUAAGGCUUGCUUGGUUGGUACAUUUAAUGUUAAUACAAGAUGGUAUUGUAGCAAGGGAAACUAUCUCAAGUGGCUCCUCAGAUGAAACGGGUUAUCUUAGCCAAUGCUUGGAAGUCAUAUUCUCGCAUAAUGUUUUUCAGUUUUUACUGGAUAAAGUUCUUCGUACUGCUGCCUACCAGAAUGAAGACGAGGAUAUGAUCUACAUGUACAAUGCAUAUUUGCAUAAGCUGAUUACCUGCUUCUUGUCUAAUCCACUUGCAAGGGACAAGAUAAAGGAAUCCAAGGAAUGGACUAUGAGCAUGCUUAGUUCAUAUCGAGUUGUUGGAUCACAUGACUUUUCACAGGACAGUAGCACAACUUCCCGUGGCACUGAAAUGAGCCCUUUACCAUUUAAUUCAAUCUUGGACUUUGUCAGUGAAAUUUAUAAGAAAGAACCAGAGCUCUUGUCUGGCAAUGAUGUUUUGUGGACGUUUGUAAAUUUUGCUGGAGAGGACCAUACGAAUUUCCAAACUCUUGUGGCUUUCUUGAAUAUGCUGAGCACCUUGGCUUCCAGUCAAGAAGGUGCUUCGAAGGUUUAUGAGUUGCUUCAAGGUAAAGCAUUCCGCUCAAUUGGGUGGAGUACUUUGUUUGAAUGCCUAACAAUUUACGAUGAGAAGUUCAAACAGUCUCUUCAAACUGCUGGAUCAAUGUUGCCUGAAAUUCAGGAGGGGGAUGCAAAAGCACUUGUGGCAUACUUAAAUGUCCUAAAGAAGGUUAUGGAAAAUGGAAACCCAAUAGAAAGAAAAAACUGGUUUCCUGAUAUUGAACCACUGUUUAAGCUUCUUGGUUAUGAAAAUGUACCCCCUUAUUUGAAGGGCGCUCUGAGGAAUGCAAUAGUCACAUUUAUUCGUGUCUCUCCGAUGUUGAAGGAUAGUAUUUGGACCUAUCUUGAGCAAUAUGAUCUACCAGUAGUUGUGGGGCCUGAUGUCCAGAAUAAUCCACAAUCUAUGGCUUCUCAGGUCUACGAUAUGCAAUUUGAACUCAAUGAAAUUGAAGCAAGGAGAGAACAGUAUCCUUCAACUAUAUCAUUCCUUAAUUUGAUAAAUGCUCUUAUUGCUGAAGAAAGAGAUUUGAGUGAUAGAGGGAGAAGAUUUAUUGGCAUAUUCAGAUUCAUCUAUGACCACGUUUUUGGGCCAUUUCCUCAGAGAGCCUAUGCUGAUCCCUGUGAAAAAUGGCAGUUGGUUGUUGCUUGCCUUCAGCACUUUCAUAUGAUUUUAAACAUGUAUGACAUCAAGGAGGAGGACUUCGACGGUGUAGUUGAUCAGUCACGACUUUCAACAGCUAAAGAAACAUCACCAAUUCAGUUCCAGCUCCCUGUUUUAGAAUUGCUGAAAGACUUCAUGAGUGGUAAGACUUGCUUUCGGAACAUUAUGGGUAUUCUUCUGCAAGGGGUGAAUUCUGUCAUUGCUGAACGCAGUAGCCAAAUAUAUGGCCAGCUUUUAGAGAAUGCCGUGCAGCUUUCUCUGGAAAUAAUACUACUUGUCUUUGAAAAGGAUUUACUUCUUUCUGAUUAUUGGCGUCCCCUUUAUCAGCCCUUGGAUGUCAUACUUUCUCAUGAUCAUAAUCAAAUAGUGGCACUCUUGGAGUAUGUAAGAUAUGAUUUUCAGCCAAAAGUUCAACAAUCCUCAAUCAGAGUCAUGAGUAUUUUAAGUUCUCGCAUGAUUGGGCUUGUUCAACUCCUGCUAAAAUCUAAUGCUGCCAACAGCUUGAUAGAAGAUUAUGCAGCCUGCCUUGAGUUGCGGUCGGAAGAGUCUCAAACAAUUGACAAUAAUAAUGAUGAUCCAGGCAUUCUUAUUCUGAAACUUCUAAUUGACAACAUCGGCAGGCCAGCUCCUAAUAUUACUCAUUUACUACUUAAAUUUGACCUUGACAUGCCAGUUGAGCGGACGGUUCUACAACCUAAAUUCUAUUACAGUUGCAUGAAGGUUAUUCUUGAUAUCUUGGACAAACUUUUGAAGCCUGAUGCAAAUGCUUUGCUUCAUGAAUUUGGUUUUCAGCUCCUUUAUGAGUUGUGUGUAGAUCCACUAACAUGUGUACCUAUGAUGGAUCUGCUGUCAAAUAGAAAGUACCAAUUCUUUGUUAAGCACCUUGAUACAAUUGGUAUUGCUCCACUUCCUAAACGGAACAGCAACCAGCCUCUCCGCAUCAGUUCUCUUCAUCAGAGAGCAUGGUUAUUAAAACUUCUAGCUGUUGAGCUGCACGCUGGAGAAGUUAGUAGCUCAAAACAUAGAGAAGCAUGCCAGACAAUCCUUUCUCAUCUUUUUGGUCAAGGUAUAACUGAAAUUGAUGGACACCAAACCUUGUCCCCGUUUUCAUUUGAAGAUACUUUGGAAACUGCUGCUAUAAGAACUGUCAGCAAGAGUCAGGUGUUAGAAUUGCUUGAAGUAAUCCAGUUUAGAUGUCCAGACGCCACUACUAAGCUCUCAAAUAUUGUGUCUAGCAUGAAGUAUGACUAUUAUUCUGAGAGAGGUGACCGGCUAAUUGACCUUGCUACCUUUCAUGACAAACUUUGGCAGACAUACAAUUCUGCUCAUCUCCCGGUGAAUAAUAUUGGCAGUGAAGUUGAGCUAAAUGAUGUGAAAGAGAUAAUUCAACAGUUGCUGAGAUGGGGGUGGAAACACAAUAAAAAUCUUGAGGAACAAGCUGCUCAACUGCACAUGUUGACUGCCUGGUCUCAGGUUGUUGAGGUGUCCACUUCUAGAAGAUUAGCAAUGCUUGAAAAUCGAUCUGAAAUUCUGUUUCAGGUCCUUGACACAUCUCUUAGUGCUUCUGCUUCUCCAGACUGUUCAUUGAAGAUGGCAUUCAUACUAUCACAGGUGGCAUUGACUUGCAUGGCCAAACUACGAGAUGAAAGGUUUUUAUUUCCUGGCAGUCUGAGUUCGGAUAAUAUAACAUGCCUCGAUCUCAUUGUGGGAAAACAAUUAUCAAAUGGUGCAUGCUUGACCAUAUUGUUUAAGCUUAUCAUGGCUAUUCUUAGAAAUGAAUCGUCAGAAGCUCUUAGAAGACGCCAAUAUGCCUUGCUCCUUAGCUAUUUCCAGUAUUGCCAGAAUGUGGUUGAUCCAGAUGUUCCAACCACAGUUCUUCAAUUCUUGCUGCUUAAUGAACAAGAUAAUGAAUAUAUUGAUCUCCCAAAGAUUGAUAGAGAACAGGCUGAAUUGGCUCAUGCAAAUUUUUCUACUUUGAGGAAAGAGGCUCAGAGCAUCUUGGAUUUGGUAAUAAAAGAUGCAACCCAUGGCAGUGAACCGGGAAAGACUAUAUCUUUCUAUGUUAUUGAUGCGCUCAUUUGUAUCGAUCAUGAGCGAUAUUUCUUGGGUCAACUUCAAAGUAGGGGAUUUUUAAGGUCAUGCUUUACAGGCAUCGGCAAUGUUUCCAUUCAGGAUGGUGGUCUUUCACUGGACUCGUUGCAGAGGGCUUGUACGUUCGAGGCUGAGCUUGCUUUACUACUAAGAAUCAGUCACAAGUAUGGGAAAUCUGGAGCACAAGUACUAUUUUCCAUGGGCCUAUUGCAGCAUCUUGUUUCAGGAAGGGCAAUCAAUUUACAGGGAGUUGUUAGGUGGGUUGAGACAAGGCCUAGAAGAGAUGUUGCAGUGGAUGUUGAUAGACAAAGAUUGAUUGUAACCCCAGUCUUGAGAUUAGUUUAUUCAUUAACAUCCUUGGUUGACACAUCAGACUUUCUGGAGGUCAAGAAUAAAAUUGUGCGCGAAGUAAUUGAUUUUGUCAAAGGGCAUCAAUCAUUCUUUGAUCAUAUUCUACGUUUGGACAUGGUUGAAGUGGAUGAGUUGAGGUUGGAGCAGAUAAAUCUAGUUGUUGGUAUUCUUAGCAAGGUUUGGCCAUACGAAGAAAGUGAUGAGUACGGUUUUGUACAAGGACUUUUUGGUAUGAUGCAUGGUCUGUUCUCUCGAGACUCUAAGGUUCCUAAUUUUGUUGGAUCAAUUGGAUCAUCUGAGAACCAAAGGAAUUCGGAACUGCAUAUGUAUAAAUUAUGCUUCAACUUGAGCUCAUAUCUAUACUUUUUAGUCACCAAAAAAUCACUGAGAUUGCAGUUUUCAGAUGCCAUGUUGGGUUAUCCUUCUUCCAUGGAACUUCAACAACCCACAUUGAACUUACUUAAUUCUCUUCUUACUUCUGUAACAAGCGCACUUGAAAGGGCUUCUGAGGAAAAGUCUUUACUACUUAACAAGAUUCGGGACAUAAAUGAGAUGUCAAGACAACAAGUGGAUGAGAUCAUCAAUCGGACAACAUACAAAAAAGAAGAUAUAUUGCAAUGGUAGAAAUGUGCCGAGUUGUUGCUGGUAGAGAUCAACUAAUCCAUUUGUUACUUCCACUCGCUGAACAUGUGCUAAAUAUCAUUCUCAUCCAUCUUCAAGAAUGUUCUGAUUCAAACUUGGUUACGAAAACAACUACCUAUAGUGCAAAGCAUGAUCCAAAACAAGACAUUGCUUUGUUAUGUGGAAAGUUAGUUCCAAAUCUUGAACGACUCGAACUGUUGAGUGAGGAUAAAGUAGGGCACCAUCUCAAAGUAUUUCGAAGACUAACAACUUCAGCAAAAGAGAUCGCAAUUCAAAAGUCAAUUUUGUAGAUAGAUAGAUACUAUUGCUGCUUGUAGCGAUUGCUAGUGUAUCGUCACUUAGUGUGUCUAUAGAUAGUGUAAGUAAUCAGGCAGAUUUGUGUCUCGCACUCAGGUGAUGAUGCUAAAAUUUUGCUGAAUUAAGUAUACAUUGCUUUUAGUUGUAGAAAUAUUUGUAUUUGUAUGGUUAUCAUAUAUUAAAUAGGUGCCAGAGAAAGGGUGGUUUCUGCCUUCAAUGUUGGUCACCUUCAAUACUUUCAAUCCAUUUAUAUUAAUUGUUACCAAGUUCA